AUCUUGUAUUUUUCAUAAACAAGAUUCGAUGAAAAAAUACAUUGAAGAAAAUUAUGAGUGGUAGUGUAGAUUAUUAUUUUCCUAUUUGCAUCAUCGAUUAAACAAAUAAUUAAAGUCAAAGGGUUUUUGUCACUGUUCUUUUGGUCUAGAAAAAGUGAAGGACAACAAAUAACAGAGCAAAACAGAACAUAGAGUAAUAGGUUUCACUAGGAAAAUAUUUCUGUUUUGUUUUGUUUUAUUGGUUUCAAAUUCAAUUUUGUAUUUAUUUUGUCAUCUGGGUAUUGAAGAUGGCUGUGGUGGAGAAUCAAAGCAGAGAUGAAGAUGGGGUCAUUGACCGUUUUCCUGUUGGUAUGCGUGUUCUUGCUGUUGAUGACAACCCCACUUGUCUCAAAGUCUUGGCUAAACUGCUUUCUGAAUGCAAAUAUCAUGUUACUACAGCUACUAAUGGAUUUGAUGGACUAAAAAUGUUGAGGGAAAACAGAAAGAACUUUGACCUGGUUAUCAGUGAUGUGGCUAUGCCCGACAUGGAUGGAUUUAAGUUGCUUGAGUUGGUAGGACUUGAAAUGGACUUACCUGUCAUCAUGUUGUCGGGAUACAGUGAUACAAGUAUGGUAUUCAAGGGUGUUACCCAUGGUGCAUGUGACUAUCUGGUGAAACCUGUUCGACUUGAAGAGCUUAGAAACAUAUGGCAACAUGUAGUCCGAAAGAAAAAAACUUAUUCCAAGGAUGUUAACAAGGCUUCCAAUGAGGAUAAGGUCCCUAAUAUCUCUGGGGGAAGCAAUCAAAACAUAUUGGAGAACAGUGUUGAUCAGAAUAAAAGGCUCGGUAAAAGAAGGAAGGAGCAAGAUGAGGAGGAGAAAGAAGAAGAAGAUGAAGAGAGUGGAGAUGGAGAUGAGGACGAGGAUGACCCGUCAUCACAGAAGAAACCUCGUGUGGUUUGGUCUCCUGAGUUGCAUAAGAAAUUUGUUGGUGCUGUUAAUCUACUUGGUGCAGACAGGGCUGUUCCGAAGAAAAUACUUGAGCUGAUGAAUAUUGAAGGGAUUACCAGAGAAAAUGUGGCAAGCCAUUUGCAGAAAUAUAGACUCUAUCUGAAAAAGGCAACUCCCCAUGAUACUAACAUGGUUGCUGGACUGGGCGGUGGUAAUGAUUCUUACCUUCGGAUGAGAGGAAUAGAUGGAUAUGCAGACUUUUGCACCUCAACCAGAUCUGGAAGGAUAGGAAGCACCACAUUGCCGUCAUAUGCACCGAGCGGAGUUUUCGGUAGGCUGAAUUCCCCAGCCGGCUUGAACAUGAGAGGAAUUAAUUCUUCAAUACUGAUUCAGCCUGUUCAGUCUCACAACACCAACAGCUCCUGGAUUCCUGCAAAUCAAAGCUCAAGCUUAUUACAUGGUGUUCCAACCGAGCUUAACCAAUCUAAGCUAAACAAUAGUGCAGCUGGUAUAUCGCAGUUAAAUCAAAUAGAUUCCACUGGAUUUGCAGCUGCUUCAGACUUUCACGAUAGUAGGGCUAUUAACAGUUCUAAUCAAGUCUCAAACCAUCAUCUCUUGUUGCAAGGAAAUUCACAACAGACACACAAUGCAGGGUCAUUCAGAAAUCAGUCUUCUGUUGGAUCUGCUUCCUUGGGAAACAAAAACAUUACUAUUGGCGGUUCUUCUAAUUUGUUGGAUUAUAAUCGGUGUAGUGAAAACUGGCAAAGUCAAGCUCAGUUACCUAAAUUUCCUGCUAGUUCUUUGCCGGUAUGCAAGUCUUUCAAUAAUGACCAACUGCCUCUCACUAGCGUUACUGCUUAUAACCAAAGCCCUCUAAUCGCUAACAGUUCAGUUGACUUUUCGUCUGGAAACACAAUCACUGUUGCUUUGGAGGAAGCUAGAAAUGUGCCAAGAUGCCAAGAAGAUGGCUUAAUUGGGAAUUUUAUACAGCCUUCAAGUUAUGCUCCACGACAAAGCUGGGCAGAAAAUAAACCGGAUUACAGCCAAAACACGGGUCGCCCCUUCAAUCCUGUGAACUCACAGGUUUGUUCCAGCAGGGCAUUGACAAAUUCCGCGUCUCACAAUAUUAACCAAAGUAAAACAGUCUGCAGCAAUAGAGUUGAUACAUCCUUUGUUGAUCAAGUAUAUGGCGCUUCCACGUCAGUUGCCCGGUACCCCGAAGCUGAGAAAUUCUCGUCAGAUGUACAAGUCAACUCGAAUGAUGCCUACAAGUUGGAGAAGAUGAGGUCCCAAGUUGGAUAUGUUGAGGGUUUUGGAACCUUAGAAGACAUAAUGGGUGCAAUAGUCAAAAGGGAGCAAAUUGAGAUGACAUUGAUGGAUGGAGAAAUGUGUUAUGAUUCAUACCCUGUUGGAUCAUGUAUUUGAUUGCUUCUGAUUCAACAAGAAUCCAGGAGCAAUAAAAUCGUGAAACUUACUCCUAUCUCUGGAGUUUAUUAUUUCAUUGUGUAGUUUUACAUUUGAUGUACUUAUUUCAUGAAUCGAUGCGUGUAUCUUCCGUCUCUUUUUCCUUCUUCUUGCUUAGCAGCAAAAAUGUAGUUUAUGCCUUUUUCCAGAUUGUAAUAUGAAUGUAUAUUUGUUAGUUCAUGUGUUCUUUCUCUCUAAGGGGAUGAUCUAUGAAAUUAACACUUUACAUGUAGCAGAUCUUGUGAACAUAA